UUUCUCUGCUUCUAGGGAGGGGGGUUGAUUAUCAUGGCAGAUCGGACAGCUCCUAGAUGCCAGCUCCAUCUGGAGUGGGUAUAUGGGUAUAGGGGUCAUCAGUGUCGCAACAACCUGUACUACACAGCAGGCAAAGAAGUGGUUUACUUUGUGGCUGGAGUCGGCGUGGUUUAUAACACCAGAGAGCAUAUACAGAAAUUUUUCUUGGGACACAAUGAUGACAUUAUCAGCCUAGCUUUGCAUCCUGAUAAAACACUUGUUGCUACAGGACAAGUUGGCAAGGACCCUUAUAUCUGCAUCUGGGAUUCCUACAAUAUACAGGCUGUCUCUGUCUUAAAAGAUGCACAUACCCAUGGAGUUGCAUGCUUGGCUUUUGAUUCAGAUGGUCAGCGUUUAUCUUCAGUGGGAUUGGAUGCCAAAAACACAGUCUGCAUUUGGGAUUGGAAGAAAGGAAAACUACUGGCAUCAGCUACUGGCCACUCAGAUAGGAUUUUUGAUAUUUCCUGGGAUCCAUUUCAACCUAACCGAGUGGCUAGCUGUGGAGUGAAACAUAUCAAGUUUUGGACACUGUGCGGAAAUGCCUUGACUGCCAAAAGAGGAAUAUUUGGCAAAACAGGAGACUUGCAAACUAUCCUUUGUUUGUCUUGUGCAAAAGAUGAUGUUACAUUCUCUGGUGCUUUAAAUGGAGACGUCUAUGUCUGGAAAGGGCUCACCUUAGUACGCACAAUCCAAGGAGCUCAUGGUGCUGGAAUUUUUAGUAUGUAUGGAUGUGAGGAAGGUUUUGCAACUGGUGGGAGAGAUGGCUGCAUUCGACUGUGGGAUAUUGAUUUCAAGCCAAUAACUAAAAUUGAUCUCAGGGAGACUGAGCAAGGAUAUAAAGGUUUAUCUAUUCGAAGCGUGUGUUGGAAAGCAGAUCGACUUCUAGCAGGAACACAGGACAGUGAAAUAUUUGAAAUUAUUGUGAGAGAAAGAGACAAGCCAAUGCUCAUCAUGCAAGGUCACUGUGAAGGCGAGCUCUGGGCUCUGGCAGUCCAUCCCAAAAAGCCAUUAGUUGUUACUGGCAGUGAUGAUCGAUCUGUGCGCUUAUGGAGUCUUGCUGAUCAUGCUUUGAUUGCCCGAUGCAAUAUGGAAGAAGCUGUGCGGAGUGUAUCUUUCAACCCUGAUGGAUCUCAGCUGGCUCUGGGAAUGAAAGAUGGCUCUUUUAUUGUUCUGAGAGUAAGAGAUAUGACAGAAGUUGUUCAUAUCAAAGAUCGGAAAGAAGUGAUUCAUGAAAUGAAGUUUUCACCAGACGGCUGCUAUCUUGCAGUGGGUUCUAAUGAUGGUCAGGUAGAUAUCUAUGCAGUUGCUCAGCGGUAUAAGAAAACUGGAGAAUGCAACAAAUCUUCUAGUUUUAUCACUCAUAUUGACUGGUCUCUAGACAGUAAAUUCUUGCAAACAAAUGAUGGUGCAGGAGCACGCUUCUUCUACAGGAUGCCAUCUGGAAAACAUUUGGCAAACAAAGAUGAGAUCAAAGGAAUUUGUUGGGCUUCAUGGACCUGUGUAAUAGGAUCAGAAGUAAAUGGAAUCUGGACAAAAUACAGUGAUGUUACAGAUAUUAACUCUGUAGAUGGGAAUUAUAAUAAUACAGUUUUAGUGACUGGAGAUGAUUUUGGAUUAGUUAAAUUAUUCAGAUUUCCAUGUCUUAAGAAAGGUGCAAAAUUCAGAAAAUAUGUUGGCCAUUCUGCUCAUGUUACAAAUGUCCGCUGGUCACAUGACUUCCAAUGGGUAAUCAGUACGGGAGGUGCAGAUCAUUCUGUUUUUCAAUGGCGGUUUAUUCCAGAAGGUGUAACAACUGGAAUCCUUGAAGCAGCCCGUAUAGAUUGUGGCAUAGAUUCCUACAGUGAAGAAUCAGAUUCUGAUUUAUCUGAUGUGCCAGAAUUAGAUUCAGAUAUUGAGCAAGAAGCUCAAAUCAAUUAUGUUCGACAGGUUUACAAAGAAGAUCUACCUCAACUGAAACAGCAACGUAAAGAGAAAAGCCAUUCAGUGCCCUUCCUUAAGAGAGAGAGAGCCCCCGAUGACAGUUUAAAGCUGCAAUUUAUACAUGGUUAUAGAGGCUAUGAUUGUCGAAACAAUUUAUUCUACACACAGACUGGAGAAGUGGUUUAUCAUAUUGCUGCUGUUGCUGUGGUGUAUAAUAGACAGCAGCACACCCAAAGACUAUAUCUUGGUCAUGAUGAUGACAUUCUCAGUCUUGCCAUCCAUCCUAUGAAAGAUUAUGUUGCUACUGGGCAG